CCGCUUUUCUCUCUUUCCUCCGGAGAAUAAAAUAAGUACUCUACUCCCUUCCCCUCCACCACCCCUCGGCGGCCGCCCACAUAGUCCCUGCGGUGAGGACGAUGGGGUUGUGGUCGGACAAUUCAUCAGAACUCCAGCUGUAUAGCCAUCUCGCCAUUGUUCUCGGCAUAGGUCUGGGACUUGUGACCUUCGUCAUCAUGUGUUUGUUCUUGAGCCUUUUCGUCAAUCGCCGCGAGCGUCGCCCCGCCACCAAGGCCAAAAGCAGGAAAGGCGACUCGCACGACAAGCUGCGUAAGCUGGACGCUGUCUCACCAGCUCGUACCCUCGAGGAUUGGUGGUCGCGAGCCAAGCUACCCUCCGAGGGCGCCGACGGACAGUUCAUGUGUGUCGUUUGCCUCGAGUCCGUCCAGCGCUCCCAAGAGAUACGAGAAUUGAAGUGUCUACACGUUUUCCAUCGCGAAUGCCUGGAGAAGUGGUACCUACAGGACCAUUUCAACUGCCCACUUUGCCUCCGAGCCUAUUACGUGCAAGAGACGUAUUCUAGCAACGAUUUCGUUUGGAUGGUAUGAUUUAGCAACAUUUCGCGCCAUAAAGACACUCUACAACACUUUCUCGCAGCGGCACUCUCGAAAGCGCCUGUCGAAUGAUGUGCCCUGAUCUUCUGCCACCGGCCUACCCUCGUCGCGGAGGUAUACCCUCUUCGUAUUCUCAUGAUGAAUGAUUUGCGUCACAGCUUGUCGCACAGUGCAUCCUGGCUGAAAUCAUGAUUUUCUAUCUAUGCUCAUGAGUCAUGAUUGAUAUGAUACCCUUAUUCUCUGCAAUUGAACCGGUUACAUUCGGAAUCAAUCCUGUGUUACAUGCUGUAUU